UUGGCUCCCAGCUGCCACUCAGGGUCUUGACUCCCAGUGUUCACCCUGUAGUUUUUAAUGUCUCAGGGAAGUCAUCCUGGUUCCUAGUCCCCAAAGCAGAGAAACUUCCCUCCCACAUCUUUACAGUAUGCAUCCCUGAAUGAAGUGAAGACACAGAAGAUGACUAUCACCUGAGAAAUAGUAAACAGCUGCAAAUAGAAUCGCUAACAAAUGGUUUCUUCACUCCUUGAAUGGGUUUUGGAAACAGAGGAGAGAAAGCAAAGAGAAACUCAAGCAGUCGGCCAAGCUGGGAAGAGAAGAUUGUCUCUGAGCUUAGUGGUGUGUCUUGGAGCAGAGGACUGAUAGUAAACAAGUAAACAGAGUGGCAGCUGUGGGGAGCACAAGAGCAGAGCCUGCUGAGUGGCAGAGAUGACGACUCUUCCCGAGACCUUUGACCAGGAGCUGAGAACAGGUGCAAAGAAAGAACGAUGCCUUCAGGGAAAAAGCCUGCUUCUGUGUGCACUCCUCAGUGCUCUCCUUGGCUUUACACUGCUUAUCACCUACAUCAUGAUGACUUGUGGUCUAGGAUCCUGUGAUGCUGAGCUGGGUCUUACACUGUUGGCCAGACUUCUGAAUUCUAGGAAUAACUCUGUAGACCCCUGUGAGGAUUUCUACAAAUAUGCCUGUGGCAGGUGGGAAGGCAAAGACUCGAGCCAAACCACAGAAGAGUCACUGAAUGUGUUUGAUGUGCUGUUGGAGGAAAACCAGCUGAUCCUGAAAAGGCUUUUAGAGAGCCCACAGCCUAGGGCAAGAGGCUCAGCCAAGGAGAAAGCAAUCCAAUUCUAUCGCUCCUGCAUGGAUACCAAACAGAUAGAAUCCCAAGGAAGUAAACCAUUGAAGGACCUCCUAAAUCAGAUUGGUGGAUGGAAUAUCACAGAUGUGGGGGAAGCAAAAGAUUUUAAUGAAACUCUGCAAAUUCUCAUGGCCAGAUACGGCACCUUUCCUUUCUUUAGAGUGCAUGUGGGACCCACUCCUUCUGACCUCAAGACCAAUAUCAUUCAGAUUGACCAUCCUGAUUUUGAGAUGCCACAUGAGAGUAAACUCAAAGAGAGCAAUUAUCUUGAGGUUCUCCGAGUCUAUCUGUCGUACCUGAACAAACUGGGAACCCUACUUGGAAGGCCACAGGAUGGGCCCCCUGAUAUCUUUCCCCUUACCUUGUCCUUCAUCUCUAACCUCCAGCGAGCUAUCACUCCACUGCAGGAAAGACAUCAGAAGGGGAUGCUCUUCUUCCACACUACCAUUAGGGAACUACAGGAAGAAGCACCUGCUAUUGACUGGCUGUCAUGUCUCCAGGCUGUCUUCCACCCUGUGCCAAUCAACCUUUCUCAGCCAAUUGCAGUGCACGACAUGGAUUACUUAAGAGGCAUGUCACAGCUCAUCUAUCAAUGGCACAAGAGAAGGGUCCUUCACAUUUAUAUGAUUGUUUGUCUGAUUGGGAAUCUCUCCCCAGCCCUUGACAGUCGAUUCCAAGAUGCACGCCUGGAGCUAUCUAAGAUUCUUUAUGGAAAAAUGGGAUCUAGAAUGAGCCUUGCUGAGCGCUGGAGGAAGUGCUUGACUGACACCAGCACUUUCUUUGAGCCUGUUCUAGGGCAGAUGAUUGUGCAAGAAAUCUUCCCUCAGCAGACCAAGAAACUUGCUGAGCAGAUGUUCUCUGAGAUCCAGGACGCCCUCUGUGACCGACUGGAUCAGCUGGAGUGGAUGGAUGAAGGGACUCGCCAAGAGGCUAAAGUCUUGGUUUCCACACUGCAAGUGGAGAUUGGCUCUCCAGCUCACCUACUCCAGACUGACAAAGUGGACCUGGAAUAUCAGAAUCUGGAGAUAAAUGAAGACACCUUUUUCCUCAAUGUGGUGGCUUCCUUGAAAGUACUGAGGGAAAAUUUCUACGUGAAACUCCUUCAACAUCAGUCACAGGAUAACUGGCAGGUGUCCCCCUGGAGUGUGCAUUCCUACUACUCAAUAGGGCACCACAUGGUGGUCUUCCCUGCUGGAAUGUUCCGCAGCCCUUUUUUCCACAUGGAGUUUCCCAGUGCUGUGAACUUUGGAGCCAUUGGGGUCUUCAUGGCACAUGAACUUCUGCAUGUAUUCUAUAAUUAUGUGCUGCCUGGGGGCUGUUCUACAUGCAACAGGAGCGUGCUACAGAGAUCAGUAGACUGCUUGGUCGAACAGUAUGAAAACUUUGAUGUCAAGGUCAAUGGUACUUUGACACUCUUGGAGAACACAGCUGACACUGGAGGUCUCACCAUUGCUUACCAGGCUUAUAAGAAUUGGAUGAAGAAGUACAAAGAAGAGAAGGAUUUGAGCAAGAUUGGACUUUCUCAUGACCAGCUUUUCUACCUCAGUUUUGCUCAUGCAAUGUGUGGACACCUGGGUCCUGAGAAACUGCAGUCUUCCCUGCACACAGAACCGCACAGUCCCCUGCCGCUUCGUGUCUGUGGGCCUGUCAGCAAUAGCCAGGAUUUUGCCAAGCACUUCCACUGUUUCAGUGGAUCCCAGAUGAACCCAGAGAAGAAAUGUCAUAUAUGGUAACCUACAAGGGAAGGGAUGAAGACAGACACGAUCCUAGGGAGAGGAAGACCUGAGCCCUGAAAGUACGACCCUCUUCUCAGGGCCCCCAGAGUGCUCUCAUUCACUCUUCUGCCUUCCUUUUUUCUUGGUAUUUGUUCUUCAGCAGUUGAUGGCAGCAAAAUUCUUAAACUGAGCUCUUAAGGGAAGAGAGUCUCCUCCUGCUGCUCUCAGCACUCUAUCUCAGACGUGACAGCUCUGGACUGAGCAUCCCAAGGUACAAGAUGACUGGCCAGUGUCUAGCAGGCAUCAGCUCCUGGGGAGCUGUGAGCAGGACUGUUGCGUUAUUCGUCUCUCUGUUCAGUGCAUUGCUCUGUCUACUUCAGCAGCCUCAUAGUCAUGUUGCAUGGACAGGGCAACAAGCUGGAGCUCUGAGACUUGUUCAUAGAAGAUUGGCUCGUAGGGAAAUUCUAUGGGUUACUAGGGAAAUCACAUGUCUGGUUACCAGAGAGGGAAGAAUCCUCUUCUGCUGGUAAAUGGAGAUGGGUACUAGAAAAGACUCGGUGGCUCUGGCUUCCAGUCUGAAAGAUAAGUUGCUUAAUAAGGAAAGUUACUGAAGACCUUCCUUGUUGGUUUUUGUUUGUUGUUUCAUCAGCAAAACUCCUGAGAGACAAAAGAGGGAAGCAUCCCCAUUGGUGGAAUGAGAACGGGGAGCAGAGAACCAAUCCUCUUUCUUCUUUCUUUUCCAAGAUUCUCUUAUUUUUUUAAGUCUCUCUGUAGGUUGAGGGUAUGGUUGAGAGUGGAGUAAGGGUUUCUGGAAGACUGAGCAAUUAGAAUUCCAAGAACUUCUCUGGGUCCUGAACCUGAUUGUGUUAUCCCAAAAGAUAAGAUUGUCUUCUCUCUGUUUGUAACCACUUAACCACCCAAAGGAGCAAAGCUGCUGUAUGAUUUUACUUUCUACUUGAAACUGAAUUUCAGAUAUAAAUUUACUUUAGAGGGGAAAAAAAAGAGUGAGAAGUAAUACAUUUUAGGGCAGCAAAGAAAGUGCUUAGAAUACAUUCUCAAGAGCAACCUAGCCAUUACAGCCAGUUCAGACUCUGAUAAUUCAAAGAAAAUAUACCAAUCUUCUAAGAUCUGCCAAAUUUACUAAGUGUACAACAGGCUCCUACCUUCUGCAUACUCUUCAAACUGUUCUUGAUGAUGGGAGUGUUUUUAUUUUCCAUGCUAUAUUGGCUUGCCUGGGGAUUGGUUGUGGAAUAGAGGAUGACAAGUGGAAACAUCUCUUAUCAGUGUAAGCACUGCAAAAUUGUGCCAAUCCCAAUACAAUGUUUUCCAAGAAUAGGCUGUUGGAUGAUUUAAUUAAUUAACUAUAAUAGUAAUAAAAUGUUUGCCUCAGUCCUUUCAUUGCAAA